AUGAACUUUGAAGAGAGUAGCAGGAGAAAAUGGCACCUGGCAAACAGUGGUUGCUGUGUUCUCCAGCAGUCUAAGCUUAUAGAACAAACUUUCUUCUUUUCUUUGGUUUGGCAGGUGACCAGCUUUCAGGAGCUGCUCGGCAAACUCACCCACAGCUGCCCGCGAAUCUCCAAGAUGCGUUUACAUUUCGACUGGUCGGAUCUGUCUGUGUCCCUGCUCACCCGGUUCCAGCAGCUACGAACCCUCGAGCUCAAGUACUUCUGGGUCUUCAAACUAGUGACAUCCUCCACGCUCCAGACGCUUACCAAAUCCCUGCCCAACCUAAAGUCGCUGACUUUGCACAUCUUGGUGCCACUGAGGAACCUGGGGAUCUCGUACACGUUGGAAUCUGAGUCUCUGGAGUUCCUGGACGUCUCGCCCAGCCGCGGUUUGGUCUUCUCCUGCCUGAAGCUGCCGGCUCUGAGAGAACUUCGAGCUAAGAAGAUAGUGCGAGGAAUCACGCUGGAUCGUAGGACAAGGCUCCGGAUCCAGAGCAGGUGGCCUUGUCUGUACCAUGUUCUCCAGCAGGGGACGCCAAAGCUUCAGACCCUGAACAACGAGAGGCUCAUUCCUACUUGGAGGGAGAAGAGCUACGGGGAGCUGACCGCCAUCCUGGAACAGUCCUGCUACUGUGUGCAGCAUCUAGACAGCUGGCUGUGGUAGUCAGCUGACUGAGACCGAAGAUCCGUCUGUGUAUUGUAAAUUCCAGCCAAAGCAAAACACUGCUUUUACUCCCCACAUUGUUGCUUUUAGUCCAACAAACUGAUUCUGCAAGAGGACACAGAAGCUGCUUGUUGCUGCAGAUGAAAAAUAGGAUGUGACUGCAGGAUCCUCCCAGUUCCUAAACUGGAAUCUGCUCUUUGUGUAAAAACACACGUAGGUUUGAGGCAAUGAUAUCAGCACAGCGGCUUUGUAAUCAUUUGUUCGAUAAUCUGCAAAAAGCAACGGUGCUUCUUUCUAUCGGGCUCUGCUGCUGCACUGGUUAGCAAACGAGCAGAGCCACAAGUACAUGGAUCAGAACUGAAUGAAGAAUAAUAUCGCCAUUAUUUAGCUGGAAGCUUUCUGAACCUUUUGUUGUCAAGGAGAAGAACAGUGAAGAAUAAAGGCAAAAUAUUUUUAGGA